GAGCUAUAACACCUAGGCGCUGCUUAUCACGCAUGCAGGAUUUCUGGCACAUAUAUAACUUUCACUAAGGGAAGAUAGAAUCACUCAAAUUGAGCCUGACUUAGGAAUUCAUGAUAACAAGAACAUAGCAAACACUCUAAAAUCCUUUGAUUUAUAUUGGAGAUUCAUCACAGCGCAGAGAUGGCAUCGGUUUUAAUGACGUCAGAAGAUCUACAUUGUCGACUUUGCACGGAAUUCUUCAGACAGCCCAAGAUUCUCCGGUGUGGACACACAUUCUGCUUGCAUUGUCUCUCGGUGUGGGUUGACCACCACAAGGCGAAGAGACACGGGUACUUUCACUGCCCCACUUGUGAUGAGGAGUUGAAAACACCCGCGGGAGGUCUCGAGACGCUCACCACUAAUAUUUUGGCACUUAAGGAUAAACCUGUGAUCGAACCCGAAAUCGAAAACGCUGACAUCAUGGGAGGACACUGCCGCGUCCACGACAAGGCGUUCACGCUGUAUUGUAAAAUGUGCGAGGUUCCUCUCUGCGUCUCCUGCAAGAUGCCAGCUCAUAAGGGGCACCGAGUUGCCCAGUUACGAGAAGUGGCGGUCGAUUUCCGCGAGCGGAUCUCAAACCAGUUGAAAACUCUAAAAAGCAAAGUCACCGAAGCCGAAGACCUGUGUGACGCCCUCGACAAGUACGACAAAGCCAUAGAUGACAUCAAAAACGAAGUGCAAGCACGCGCCGAAGAACUGAAAACAGCAGUGAACAAUUACUGCGAGACGAUAACCAAAGAACUCAGCGACUCCGAGAUGACGGAAGAGAAAAUCAUGGCGAGAAUGACUCUGGCGUCCCUGAAAGGUCGCUACUUGGAAUAUUCCAAGCUGAUCAAAGAAGACACACAAAACACGGAGGAUAUAACCAUAGUUAACUUGGGGACGCAGCUUCAGCAGACGCUGGACACGCUGGACAAUAACUCCCUGGACUUUCCCUGUGACAACCCCCUGACCUUCAUCACAGGGGAGGCCAUUGAUAAUAUCGAUAUUCCAGCCUGGUUUGGAGAAGUCCACGUGAACAUCCACCGUUCUGGCUCCAAUGUCAACAACGUCAGCCAAAGCAGCGAGCCUGCCCUGGAUCCACCGUCCUUCCCCAACAGUACCUCGUCUCCUAUCAACCUGGACGACGUGGUCACUUCCAGAAACUCCCGUAACCGCACCAACGGUAACAUCUCCCCGGCGGGCUCUUCAAACUCCUCCACGUGGGACACAUCCGAUCUGCUCAACGCGAUGAAUUCCAAACCGGAUCUCCAGGUGCUGAGCGGCAAGUCGGAAACCUUGCCCGCCAGAACGUCGGGCUACGAUAUCUACGCGUCUGCCACGCUGCCGAAUAACAACAGGCGUGUUAGCAGCCUUGGGACGGCGGGUCGAACAGGGAACCGCAAGAAGGGCCGCAUCAUCGGUACCUUUCAAGGUUUGGCUAGCAACAGAGAUCAUUGCCGCCCCACCGCCAUAGAUGUGGUCGGGGAUAUGAUCGUUGUUAUUGAUCGGUACCUGAACAAGGUGUUGAUGUACGACAAGAUGGGUCAUAUCAAGUUCGAGAUAGGCCCCCAACAAGGCCUGGACAACCCACGCGAUGUCGUCAUCACCAAAGGGAAAAACAUGGCCGUUCUGGACUGUGGCUCCAAAGAGGUCAAAUACUUCACAGGUCAGCGCAAGAUGUUCACACCUCUUGGGAAAUUCCUCCGUGCUUUUCGCCUUAACGAGCUUCACCAAGAGCCCCAGAGGAUGGCCAUCAACCAUAAAGACGAGCUUCUCAUCACCGACGACCAUACCAAAUCCGUAGCCGUCUACAGCAAGGAAGGGCGCCUGAUCCACACCAUCCCCUCGCGAAAAGGGGAACGUCUCUUCGAAGCACCCAAGUACAUAGCGGUCGGCCCCAGGAACGAGAUCAUCGUCUCCGACUGGCAAGGCCAUUGUAUAAAGGCCUUCGACUCCCAUGGUCGCUUUCUCUUUCAAUAUGGCAGCAUGGGGACCGACCUGGGUCAGUUUCUCCACCCCUGUGGCAUAACGGUGGACACCGUAGGCCAUAUCAUCGUCUGCGACAACCGGAACAAUCGUAUCCAUCUUCUCACCGAGGACGGUAACUUCAGGCUCAAUCUUCAGACGGAGACGGAUGGUCUUCACAACCCACAGGAUGUCUGUGUGAACAAGUACGGCCAUCUCAUGAUAGCUGAGUCGUCUGGUAUAAUCAAGACCCUGAAAUACUUGAAGGACGAGUACUGACAUUGGCAGAGUAUCAUCAUGCUUUUUAUAAUCAUGUACAGCGCUUGUUGUCCGCGACUUUCAAGCGUUGUUGGGCAAAUGCUCAGAGUUUCUGACCAGCAAGUAUAAUGACUGGUGGCUCUCAAAAGUUGCUGUGUUAACAAGAAGGGGCCCUGCACCUCGCGACCUCAUAAUAUAGGGAUGUGUACGAGUGUAUGAGGACGACCGUCAAGGUUUACUCGUCUGCUACUGCCCCGAAAAGAAGGCCAAGGCAAAUGGCGCAACUGGCGGAACCUGCGCAGUUUAAUCGGAACAAGAAGAGAAUCAAGGCUAAAAAGCUGUUACAGUGGCUUCUGAUUCCUACGGUACUUUAGGGCUGAUAAUAUAGUUCAGCGGACAGGUUGCUUGAUUGACCAGAUAAUAAAAAUACACGCGUAAAUUGAACAAGUGCACCAAAAUAUGUAAUUGACACCGCGCAUAGACCACAAUACUUUCUUAUGCUAGUUACUUAUUUAACAAUAACUUUAGCAGGUGAAUAUGAAAGAUUUUCUGUUCAUCAUUUCUAGCCAAAGAACCAGUAUUUAUAAAGAGUUUUUAACAGUUUGAGGUACAGUAGCUUUUGAAAAUCUAGUUUUGCCAAAUGCAUCUGAUGGCAGGAUAAUGUGGUGAAGGGAUUAACGCGUAAUUGUAUAUACAUGUAUAUAAACCUAUAGAAAAGGGUUGCCUAUGCUUAUGCAAUAUUUUUAUACUACAGAUAGUUUCACUUAGAUGGCAUAUAUUAUAGCAAAUUGUCAGCAGGUCUACAAAUUGUACAAGUCUGUAAUAGGCUACUAUAAAUACUCUGCGUGAGAACAACGACCUUUCAUCUAGAAGACAAAAAGGGUCUAUUUAUUGUGCUCACUUGACUAUGUAAAUGGAUAUAUAUUUUAUGGUGUAAUGCCUUUCGCCAGCAUUUAAUUGAUUUGAAAACUGAUUCACCACGCAAGUAACCUUACACCUGUUUUUUUUUAAAUAAAUCGAGAUAUUUGACGGCGUGCGUUGUCUCAUGAGUCACUCGGUAUGCUUCGGGUCAGUUGUCAAUUGAGAUGUCCUUAAUAAGCAUUAAUCAAAGGCGGUGACAAGAAAGAAAUAGUGUGACGCUUUGGAAGCUUUAUCAAGGUAUAGACCUCAUUCUAGAUUAAAUGUGGAUGGAAUAAUUGUCACCAUUACCUUUUAAUGGAGUGUUCCGUGGCACUCAGUGUUGCAUUUCUUGCACAUUGAAUGUGAAUGAUGUAUUCAUUAGACAUUACACUGUAUGCUUUAUUCUCAACUCAAGACAGAUAUAUAUGGAGAUCUUCCCGGCGCUCACAAAGCAGUUUGGAAUUUGUAUCCAAAGAGUUAAACAUGAAGAGGAGUGUUUUUACUUAUUGUAUUGUGCAUGUUAUGUUUUACAAAAUAAAUCUCAGAAUACAUGU